AAGAAAGAAAGAAGGAAGAAGACCAAGACCAGUCCUCCCCCAGCCAAAACCCCACCAACCCUUUUUUUCUGAACAGUCUUUCUUUCUGGUUCUCCCAUUCUCUCUCUACUCCUUCAAAGAGGAGAGAUAGACAGAGAGAGCGGGAGAUACUGAAAGUAAAGCAAACAACCAACAAUGGCAGCAGUCACCACCAUCUCCAACUUCGCCACCUUUCACUCUCAGUUUCUCCCUUCACCAACCAACCCCCACCAUUUCUCUUUAUCCCCAAAAAACUUCACUCUCACCAUCGUCGCCCGCACUAACAUCACCGCAACUCCCUCCCUCCGACUCACAGCCUCCCGCCUCACCCGAUCCCGCCUCGCCUCCGCCGCAUACGGUGGUGAACCCCCCGCAGGAGGAGGCGGAGACGGCGGAAGCGGAGGUAAUGAUAACGAUGACAGUGAUGGGAGUGGUGAUGGUGAUGAGGACCGGGAUCGGAACAAGGCGGAGGCCCUGGCGGCAAUGGCGGAGGCGGGGAGGUCGUCGGAGAGUCUGCCAAAGGACUUAGCGGCGGCCAUAAAUGCCGGGCGGGUGCCGGGCUUGAUUGUGAAGAGGUUCUUUGAGCUGGAGAAGUCGGCGGUGUUCAGAUGGUUGCUUGGGUUUGAUGGGUUCAAGGAGCGGUUGCUUGCGGACGACUUGUUCUUGACUAAAGUUGGCAUCGAGUGCGGCGUUGGAAUAUUCACUAAGACUGCUGCAGAAUUGGAGCGGCGCCGAGAAAAUUUUACCAAAGAGCUGGAUUUUGUUUUUGCUGAUGUGGUGAUGGCCAUCAUAGCUGAUUUUAUGCUUGUCUGGCUUCCCGCUCCUACUGUUUCGCUUCGACCACCUCUUGCUGUCAGCGCAGGCCGUAUUGCUAAGUUCUUCUAUGGGUGUCCGGAUAAUGCUUUCCAGGUAGCUUUGUCUGGAACAUCUUACUCACUCUUACAGAGAAUAGGUGCAAUAGUGAGAAAUGGAGCUAAACUAUUUGCAGUUGGGACUGGUGCAUCUCUGGUUGGUACGGGUGUAACAAAUGCAUUGAUUAAUGCACGAAAAGCUCUCGAUAAAUCCUUUGCUGGUGAAGCUGAGGAUGUUCCCAUAUUAUCAACCAGUGUAGCCUAUGGAGUUUAUAUGGCAGUUUCUAGCAAUCUAAGGUACCAAGUUCUCGCGGGAGUAAUUGAACAGCGACUUCUGGAACCCUUGCUGCACCAGCACAAGCUUAUACUGAGUGCAAUUUGCUUUGCUGUUCGAACUGGCAACACGUUCUUGGGUUCCUUGAUGUGGGUCGAUUAUGCACGUUGGAUUGGAAUUCAAAAGAUCCGAGAGUAGUGCGUGCGGUGGAUUACUUAAGUUACAUGAUUGUUUGUGUGGAUAUUGAUUUCAUUUCUGUUCUCACUGUUAUACAAACGAAACAAUCCUUUCGCUGAAAGGCAGUGAACGAAACAAUUCACAUGUAUAAAAAAGUAUCUUUCUUUGGCA